AUGAGAUAUCCAAUUCUAUUGCCUAGAGACUGCGAGUUCACAAAGAGAGUGGUACAAGAAAUACAUGAGAAGAAUUACCACAUAGGAGCACCUCAUACUCUUGACCUAGUUCGCCAGAAAUUCUGGAUUCCAAAAGGAAGACCAGUCGUGGAGAAAAUACUAAGAAAAUGUACUCAAUGUGUAAAGCAUGGUGGAGGCCCGUACCCACUGCCUCCAACACCGGCCUUACCGGUAGAACGUGCCAAUUAUAGUAAACCAUUCACUUAUACUGGAAUUGAUUAUUUUGGACCUGUCUACGUAGAUACUGAGAAUGGACAGCAAAAGAGAUGGAUAUGUCUCAUGACGUGCUUAGCAGUGAGAGCCAUACACAUGGAAGUCGUUAAGAACUUGACUGCAGAUGAAUGUAUUAUGGCACUGAGGAGGUUUAUGGCUACAAGAGGUGUACCAGUAGCAAUAGUUUCAGACAAUGCACUGUACUUUAAAUUAAGCUCUGAAAUUCUGAAGAGUGAACACUGCGUCAAGAAUAACAUCAAAUGGAAGUUUAUUCCCCAACUAGCGCCUUGGCAUGGUGCUUUCUAUGAAAGACUAGUGGGGUUAGUGAAACAUUGUAUGAAAAGAACUUUGGAAAAACUGUUACUGAAUGACACACAAAUUUUUACUGUCAUUAAAGAGAUUGAGGCUGUUGUUAACAGUCGGCCUCUGACACGAGUGGGCCCUGACAUGGAUAUAGUUCUUAGACCAUGUGACUUUUUAUCUCUAGGGCGUUGUCUAAAUUUGGAGAUAUCAGAGAAUUAUAUACCUGACCAAACUGACACUCAAGUGAAACAGAAUGUGUUAGACAGUUGGAAACGAGGUCAAAACAUGAUGAACCAUUUCAAGAACAUGUUUAUAAACCAAUAUUUGAUGAGCUUGAGAGAAAGGUAUCAACACAGUCACAAACAACCAAGAGUAAAAUCACACAAAGAGCCAAGUGUUGGUGAUUUAGUGCAAAUUAAAGGUGAAACUAACAACAGAAACAACUGGAGGGUUGGCAAGAUUGUCCAAUUGAUAAGAAGUCCUGAUGGAUACUGUAGAGUAGCGCAAGUUAAAGUAGGCGACAGUAUCUUCAAACGGUCGAUUGGACACCUAUAUCCAUUAGAACUGGAACAUCUACCUUCGGCACCGGGACAUAUUGAAACUACCAAAGACAGUGAACCCCGAGAAAGAGUUCGAGGCUCAACUCCAAUUGAGUCCGACACAAGUCGAACAAUUGAAGUACCAAAAGAAAAUGAGCAAAUUGAGAUCGUAAAGGAGAGCCAAGGGAGUUCAGAGGUAAUACCUAUCCAACCUAUAGAAGAAGAGAGAGGGAUUAAUGAUGACAGUCUUAAUGAGGGAGAACCUACAACACCACUACAACCAGUACAAAGCGAAACCAAUGAGAUUCCUCACCCAGUGGAAGAUGUAAGCCAUGAGUCCGAGGUAGUCAUGCAAGAUGAGAAUCAGCCACGAGAGGAGGUAGUGAGACGAGCCGCCGCGAUACGAGCACGAGAAAAGAUCGCAGAGUGGACUCGUCAACUCUUCGCUAUUCUAUAA